UGGAUACCAAGGCUUCCUCGUCACCAUCAUCCUCAUCAGCAUCAUCAAAGUCACUCGCCAGUCUCAUCUUUGACUCCUCUACAUCCUACUUCGUCUCGCUACAAGUACAGAGCUCGCCUCUUCCGACCCAGCAAGCCUUCCGCCCUCUCUUCUCAGACCGCCCCCUCUCAUACCGGUCUUCGAGCUCUGCAAGAGCAAACAAAAAGCGUAGUCCCUUGUUCCCUCCCCUCAAGCUCGACGUCUCUCCGUUUAUGGCGACUGCUGCGUCUACAAAUGGGGUCAAUGGCGACGGCGGUGUUGCUGAGAUCACUCAGGGAUUGAAGGAAGUGGAGAUCGACACAUCGAAGCUCACCCCCUUGAGCCCAGAGGUCAUCAGCCGCCAGGCUACCAUCAACAUCGGUACCAUCGGUCACGUAGCUCACGGAAAGUCCACAGUGGUCAAGGCGAUUUCGGGUGUGCAGACUGUUCGUUUCAAGAACGAGCUAGUGCGGAACAUUACUAUCAAGUUGGGAUAUGCAAAUGCAAAGAUCUACAAGUGUGGCAACGAUGCUUGCCCGAGGCCAGGAUGCUACAAGUCGUUUCCCUCGAGCAAGGAGGACCACCCUCUGUGCGAGAGGCCAGGAUGUGGCGGUACAAUGCAGCUGAUCAGGCAUGUCUCUUUCGUUGACUGUCCCGGACACGACAUUCUCAUGGCCACCAUGUUGAACGGAGCAGCUGUCAUGGACGCCGCCCUGCUACUGAUCGCCGGAAACGAACCUUGCCCUCAACCUCAGACAUCGGAGCAUCUGGCCGCUGUUGAGAUUAUGAAGCUGAAGGACAUCAUCAUAUUGCAAAACAAGGUGGAUCUGAUCAGGGAGUCUCAGGCGGAGGAGCACUGGAACAGCAUCACCAAAUUCGUGAAAGGUACUGUCGCCGAUGGUGCCCCUAUCGUCCCCAUCUCGGCCCAGAUGAAGUACAACAUCGACGCAGUCAACGAGUACCUCGUCAAGCGAGUCCCAAUCCCCGUGAGAGACUUCAGCGCCUCGCCUCGCCUCAUUGUCAUUCGAUCAUUCGAUGUCAACAAGCCCGGAGCUGAGGUCGACGAGCUGAAGGGUGGUGUAGCUGGUGGAUCCAUCCUCUCCGGUGUGCUGAGGCUGGGUAUGGAGGUGGAGAUCAGGCCCGGAAUUGUUACAAAGGACAAUGAGGGUAAGGUGCACUGCAGGCCCAUCUUCAGUCAGAUCGCAUCGCUAUACACGGAGCACAACGACCUGCAAUUCGCCGUACCCGGAGGACUUAUCGGAGUAGGCACAAAGGUCGACCCAACUCUCUGCCGAGCUGACAGGCUGGUUGGACAAGUGCUAGGCGCAGUCGGACAGCUACCGCAGAUCUACACCGAGCUAGAGAUCAACUACUUCCUGCUGCGAAGGUUGCUGGGUGUCAAGAGCGACGGCGGCAAGCAGACCAAGGUCGGAAAGCUGACCAAGAACGAGGUGUUGAUGGUCAACAUCGGAUCUACCUCGACGGGAGGAAGGGUGAUGAGCGUAAAGGCCGAUCUGGCCAAGAUCUUCCUCACCAGCCCAGCAUGUACCGAGGUUGGCGAGAAGAUUGCACUGAGCCGAAGGAUUGACAAGCACUGGAGGUUGGUCGGUUGGGGAACAGUGAGGGCAGGUACGACGAUCGAUGCGGAGACUGCAUGAGAUACCUUUCUGUGUACAAGACGUCGUUUGUGUCCAUCCCAUCGAUUUCUUCAUGCAAUGUCCAGUCACACUAUCCGUGCUAAAACGUC